AUGGGUCACCAGAAACUCGACUGGAGCCACCCGAGAAAAUCCGGCCAGGGUUCUCGUUCUUGCAGCGUCUGUUCAAACCAGCUCGGUCUGGUCUGGAAAUACGGGCUCAACAUGUGGCACCGGUGUUUCCGUCGGGACCCGAAGGACACAGGCUUCCUUAGGCUGGACUAA